AUGUCAGACAAGGAGUUACAUAUCAAGAGGAGAAAAGUAGCUAAGGAGGAUGGGAAGUCCAAUGAUGAACCAGGUGUUGCAACUUCGUUAGACAUUUCGGAGGGAGAAUACCUUGUAUCGGGAGACGAAGGGGAGGAGAGCAACAUUAGCAUCGCGCAUAGUGAUGAUGGUGUUACACACAGGGAUGAUAGCGCCGAGAAGGGGGAAGGACAUGUGAAGCACUACCUAAUUGAGCAUAUGCAGGAUAAGAGUAAACUCCUAAAGGAGCUAGGUACGUUGGAAGAAAACAAGUUGUAUGUAAAAAAUAUAACCGAUGAGGUUAACAAGAAGGAUCUAAUUAACUUCUUUUGCAAGGCAACUGGGUUUGUAGACACGAGGGUGGUGCGCGACUCCUCAGGCAAGUCCAAAAGUUUUGCCUACGUAGAAUUUGAUACCAAAGAAAACGCAGCCAAUUUUUUUAACACCCUAGAGGAUAGUAACGUCGACAAGUAUAAAAAAUUCAAAAUAAAAGAGGUAGAUCUCUAUGUAGCCAUUUGCAAGUCUACUAAAGUUAUAUACGAAGAAGGAAAGGUUUUUAUUAAGUUCUCUGAAUGCCAGGUGGACAUGGAUGAGGUGAUCCUUAAGAAGGGAAUUUCGGAUUUCCUUGUGAUGCAUUCUGUGGUCGUGGAAGAGAUCCGCCUUCUCGGAGGAAGCCCCCCCACGCACGGCUACCUGCAACUGCGCAACAACGAAGAUGUAGUGAAAUGCGUGGAAACCAUCAAAGAAGGGAUCGUCGAAAACGUGCACUUCACCCUAAAAUAUAGCAUCCCAAUAAUCAAGAAAAAAAUUAUCCCAGACAUAGAAAAAAUUAAAGCCAACAAGGAAAAAAGUAAAAAGUUCCAGGAGGAAAAGAAAAAAGAGGAAAAUAACUGCACCAUCGUUGUAAAGAAUUUGCAUUUCAACACGAGGAAAAACAAACUGAUAAAAUUAUUCGAACAGAUUGGAGAAAUUGAUAAAAUUAAUCUUAGCAAGAAAGUAUCUGAAAAUAAUAUUAAACGGAAUAGGGGGUAUGCCUUUAUUACAUUUAAAAAUAGUAAUGAUGCGACAUCUGCGUUGAUCCUCAAUGAUUCUAUUAUCGACGGGCGAAGUAUUUUGGUGUCUAAAUUUCUCGGUGAUGAUAGUAGGGACAAGCAUAGAGAUGGUAGUAGUAACCUGGGUGGACAAUUCCAUAGGCAGCAUAACACCAAUAGGAGAGGAAAUUACCACCACAUAAAUUAUGUGAAAAAUAAUCUUCAUCAGGAAAGAAGAAGAAUCAACUUGAACAAUCCAGAUGAUCCAAACGUAACAGUGGAAAAAAGAACCGAACAAACGGAGGGAGAAGAACCCACUCCACUAACUAACGAUGAUUUUCGGAAAUUUUUUUUUAAGUAA